AAAAACGCCCGGAAAAUGCAAAAGAUCGACACAAGUUUUGCCCCUCUUGUUGCCUAUACGCGCGUAGCACCAAAAUAUGUGUAUAGUGUUGCACAACCCGCUUUCCACAGCAGAACAGCAGAACAGCAGAAAAGAAAAGAGUGCGAAGAACGAAGAAACCCCAAUCUGUGUGAUAUGCCCCCCCCCCUGCUUUCAUCUUCGCACUUCACAGACGCAGAGGCAAGAACAUCCGCCUCUGCGUCCACCUAA